AUGCAGAACUCAGAGAAACCACCGAAUGAACCUGUGGGCGCACAGAUGGAAAGGGAUUCCUAUGAUUUGCUGUCACAUGACGCUCUCUCAAAGAUACUGCCAGUGUAUCUUCACCUCCUCAAAAAGCCUAAAACUCAGACCAGGACAGAAUCUGUACCACAGAAAAAGUCUCAGCUCAACCGAACAUUUGAUGUUCAUUCACCUCUCAAAAGCCUCGGUUUCAUCCGCGAUAAAUUCAGUAUGGCGUCUAAUCUGAUUGAGGUCUAUAAUGGUCAAACGAAUGCAGGAUCUUUAAACUUGUUGAUGGUGACCCCCAAAUAUGAUGAAGCUGGAAAACUAUCGCAUGGCGAUGCUAUAAGAUGGCAGGUGAGCGUGCUGGAGUCUGAGAACAGUCAGCUGCAGAGGGACCUGUCCCUGAAUCAGGACCUCACCCUGCUGGACGACACCGACACUGACGUCAUGACCAAGACCGAGAUUGCUGACCGGAUCGCCUCUCUGAAGUUCAAGCUGUCCAGUGAAAGCAGCAAAGCAGCUGCCCAGAAGGACAGAAUCCAACAGCUUCAAAAUGAGCUCAUCAGGAAGAGUGACAUUGAGAAAGAGUUUGUUCAGCUGCAAAGAGCACAUCAACAGCAGCAAGCUGUGCUAAAGAAAUAUCAGGUCCGUAAAAUAUCUGCACUGGAGGAUACAGUUCGCCAACAGGAAAAAAGGUAUUUGGCUGUCAUUGAGAAGAUGUAG